AAAUGUAUCGCUCUUGUUAUAAAUACAUCAAUAAUUCGGAUUUAUGAUGUCUUUUGGAGGAAUAUUUUCAUUGCUGUUUCAUUUAAAAAUACUAUUGCGUGUAUUUCCCUCAUCGUAGUAAUACUAUAAAAUGACUGCUCCCAAGGGUUUAUCAAAAACAUGACUGCAAAUGGCUCACACGGAUCACAAAUGUUCCGGACACUUCAGCGCCCCAUCGGUUCAUCAGACGCUUGAUGAAUUAGAAUUUGAGCGUGGAAUCUGGUCUGCCGCAUUAAAUGGAGAUCUGACGGAUGUAAAGCGCCAGCUAGAGAAAGAUAUAGACGCUGACAAAACAGACAAAUCGGGCUACACUGCUCUGCAUUAUGCCAGCAGAAACGGUCACUUGGAUGUAGUCCGGACACUGGUGGACGCUGGUGCCCACGUAGAUGUGACCACAAGGUCUGGACAUGCCACGCCUCUUCACAGAGCUGCCUACAUGGGUCACACUGACAUUGUCAAGUUCCUUUUGAGUCGCGGGGCUGACCCUGUGUCACGUGAUUCAGAUGAAAUGACCCCCCUUCACAAGGCAUCAGAACGUGGGCGACUGGAGUGUGUGACGGUACUGCUGGAGGCGUCCCCUGUCACCAGAACUGCACGUGAUUCCCGAGGACGUACGCCGUCAGACUGCGCCAAGGAUGACACCAUAAAGCACCUGCUCUCCUGACUCACAAAUCCAGUGUCAUAUGGUGUGUCUUACAUUCAACAUCGGACUAGUUCAAGCAGAUACAUGUUCAUCGUUGUUAGAUGGAAUGACCUUGCACCGAACGUAAUACAGUGUUUCACCUCACCUCACGUCGUCUCACCUCCCUCCAUAUAGCUGGAGAAUUGCUGAGUGUAGCGUUAAACAAAACAAAACAAACAGACAUGUCACCUCAACUCUAUUGUUAUUUUGUUUAACUCGAAAUCCUAUGAACAUAACAACAUCUUUACAGAACACAGUGUUUCAUUCUUAUAUAUUUAUUCAGUCAUGUCUUUUCGAGGGAAAUCAUAAUAAAUACAAUAUUUCAUUGUUCACAUA